AUGGCGUGGAUUCCUGUGCCUAAUGUGGUGGGACUCCUGAGCUGGAUGGUGGAGAUGUGUAGCAGCAAGAUGUGGAAGCAUUGCACUUCCGACCUCAAGUGCCGAACCGAAAGCUUGCCCUCACUCCUCGUGCAGCCUCCACAGCGAUUCCUCCCUGAACUGGCUGGCGUUGAGGAGGAGGAGUCCGAAGCAAGGCUUCACUAUUGGGGUGCCAUUCUCCUGUUGUCACCACCCAUGAUGGCUGUCAUAUGCGAAUCCAUGCGGCUUUGCUUCUAUUGUGCCAAGCAUUUGCAUGGAAAACUUGCUAAAGGAUCCACAUCGAGUACCGGCUACAGACAGCUUGAGCUGAAGGAAGACGAGAGAAAUGACUUGGAAAGUCCCAUGAUUGCAACGGAACCCAACCAUCCUUUCAAGGGACCCCACACGAUGUUCAUUAUUCCACUCAUGGUCUACCACCUUACAUGCGCGGGCGUUGUGACCUUGGCCAUCUUCAAAGGUUGGCUUUUGAGCGAUGGAGGUGGUUUAGCCUGGGAACUUUGGGUUGUGUGGCAACAGCUAUGCCUUUGGAACCUGUUUCUGCAGAACUUGGUUCGAUGCACGACGCUGGAUAGCCAUGCCUUGAAAGCAUCGACUUGCACAACCGUGCUUGCAUACACAGCGCCAUUUGCGAGCGAGAUGGCAGACACCAUGAAGGAUUGGGUGGUGACGGGACUUUGCAUUCUCCAUGCGAAGACAUGGAUCGGUUUCCUCAUAGGAGCAGCGAUUGCUGGUGUUGAAGUCAGUGCAAUUGCGAUGGGAUGGAUCACCCUGCGCAAGUUCUCUUACUCAUUUGUUUUUCUUCUAGCACUCUACAUUGCACUCUUUGUGGUACGUUUCCACCUUUGGGUCUUGAUUUUUGGAUCGAUUGGCGGAGCUUCGUUGCUCUUUCUCAUGGACCUAUUCAACCGGUCACGGUGGUGGGGCAUAGUGACGGGCUGCGAUUGGCGUCAGCUGCUCCCAUACAUUGUGGCAAUUAGCUUCGGCCUCCCAAUUUGCUACAUGCUUAUCACUGACCGUUUGCGUCAGAUUGACUCUGUAUUAGUGAAUUUUUCAGAAGAAACCUUUUGGUGGUUGGCUGACGGAGGUCUACUGGCAAUCGUUUCGAUCUACGUCAUUCUACAUGCCCACAUUCUCGUAAUCCGAUCUGAAGACUGUGCGCAGGACCUCCGAAAGACCUACAGAGCCAUUUUGGAGCUCCCAUUGAAACCCACAAAUCCAGGUGGAGAAGCUUGCUGCGCGUGGAUUGGAAGACGAUUCACCAAUCUUUGUGUCGAUUUCCUAAGCAGUGCUCGACUGCUGAUAGCAUGGUCGGAAGACAUACCACAAGGAGUCAUUGGUGUGGCACUGGUGCUGAGGUAUGCAGGGCCCAACGGCAUUGGAUUUGCAGGCAUCUCCGCAAUAAUCAGCACUUCCAAAGGAGUUCUGAUUCCCAUUCUGCAGCGUCUGGUCCUGGAGUACCGCAAAUCACAGGUUGCCAGAGGCUUGGAUGACAUCCUGGGCACUCAGCAGAAGGCAUUUUUGGAGAAGUUUCUGGCAACCUCUCCGGUGAGCCAUGAGAGAAUACGGCUUCAGGUUGAAGAGCCGUUGCGGACCAUGUCCAGCGACUUAUUGAAGCGGCUGAAUGUCGACCUUGUCGCUGAAAUGCAAAAGAUGAGGCACAAGUGGCUGGCAGAUGGUGGUGAGAUGAUCAGAUGCGAAGUUGUGGCCAGCUAUUUGAAUCAAGGUGUCUCCACAACAAAUCUUUUUGAUUUGGGACAUAUGACGGGACAUUGCAAAAAUGCUGGCUUCUCAGCAGGGCAAUGCAAGGAGGUGGCUGGUUUCUCCGCGCAAAAAUGCAAAGAGGCAGGCUUCUCCCCAAGUGAUUGCAAAGAGGCGGGCUUCUCCUACAGCGAAUGCAAGGAUGCAGACUUCUCAAUCCAAGAGUGCAUUGAGGCUGGGUUCACCCCUAUGCAGUGCAAGGAGGCAGGCUUUGUGGCCAAGCAAUGUAAGGAGGCAGGUUUUUCGGCCAGAGACUUCAAGGAUGCUGGUUUUUCAGCCGUUCAGUGCAAGAUUGUCGGCUUUGAGGAAACGCUUUGCCAAGAGGCCGGCUACACUGCAGAGGAGUGGAAUCGGGAACCUACUGCCCGAGAUUUCAAAGAUGCAGGUUUCUCUGCCAAGGAGUGCAACAAAGAGUACUUCACGGCCAAGGAAUGCAAGGAGGCUGGCUUUUCGAUGUAUGCGAUUGGAGAGGAAUUUCGAGCGGAACAGCUUAGAAAAGCUGGUUUCUUUGCCAAGGACUUCAAAGACGCUGGUGCCAAUGGCUAUUGGUUAAAGAAACGAGGCUUCUCGGCCAAGGAGUGCAAAGAGGCUGGCUUAUCGGCGAUGGAGUGCUGGGAAGCGGGGUUUAAUCCACUCGACUUCAAGGAUGCAGGCUUUUCGGCGAUGCAGUGCAAGAUUGUCGGCUUUGAGGUUGCAUGGUGCAAAGAGGCCGACUACUCUGUGGAGGAGUUGGCUUGUGAACCAACUGCACAAGAUUACAAAGACGCAGGCAUGUCUGCCAAAGAGUGCAGGGAAGCGGGUUUCUCGCCAGAACAAUGCAAGGAGGUCGGGUACUCGGCCAAGGAGUGCAAGGAAGCGGGUUGUUCAGCGAAAGAGUGCAAAGAUGCGGGCUUCUCAGCCGUUCAGUGCAGGAUUGUCGGCUUUGAGGUCAGGAUGUGCCAAGAGGCAGGCUACUCUACGGAGGAGUUGACUCGUGAACCCACAGCACAAGAUUACAAAACUGAAGGCUGCUUUUCCGAAUGCAGGGAGAUAGGAGGCUUCUCUGCCAAGCAAGCUAAGGAUGCGGGCUUUUCUCUCAAAGAGAUCGAAUUGGCUGGUUAUUCUUUCAAGGAGGCAGGCAAUGCUGGCUUCUCCGCUAUCCAAUUGACGUAUUUUGGCAUGAUGACAUCUCAGUAUGGAAAAAAUGGCUUGGCCAGAGACAGACAUAGCAGGAACAAAUCAAGUUGCCUCACAAUGUGA